AAAUAGAAAAAAGUGAAAUAAGAUACUCCUUUCAUGUACAUUAACUUUAAUGACUGAAAAAUACGUUUUUGAUCGUCUCACCUAUAAAAUAAAUCUAAAGCAGAAUAAAACAAAUGACAGACGGUGACUUUCCACCAUGGCAGCUGUGAAGUCCCAAGGAACUUUUGAGUGUGUUUGCAGAUGCCAAACUAACCUCUGUUUCUUACAGAUAUAAUAGAUGGAAUAUAUUGUUUUUACCUUAAGUCUUUAAACAAACAUGUGCUCUCACUAUCUAACUGGUUUUAAUGAACUUGCGGUGUAUUUUAAAGAAUUUAAGAGAGAAAUGAGAAGGAAAAGACCCGCAGCGGUGCCUCACACGGCAGUAGUUAUGGAAGGUUUAAAGCCUUCCUUAUCAAUAAACAAACAUCUGCAGCGCUAACUUGGACUUAUAUGUGAAGAGAAACUCCUUCGCUAUCAGUUCCCUUAAAUUUAACACUUUAGUUGUUCCUCCAGAUGUGUAUUUUAUACAUUUAUUGGUGAAGAGAAAACACAAGUGGCACAGUAUUCCUGCUGCACUGGUGAGCGGCAGGCUGGGUUGAGUCUCCACGGUUCUCAUGGUGUGUUUAAGUGUCUGUCUUUGCUGUGAAUUCUGUACCAGUCACCACAGACUACUCGAGAAGAUUAUUCGAUAUCACACAAUGGCAGAAGUCGCUCCAGCAGUUGCACCGGCCCCGGCGAAGGCCCCCAGGAAGAAGGCAGCCAAGCCGGCCAAGAAGUCCGGUCCCGGCGCCGCCGAGCUCAUCCUGAAAGCUGUCGCCGCCUCCAAGGAACGCAAGGGUAUUUCCUACGUGGCUCUGAAGAAGGAGUUGGGCGCCAAAGGCUACGACGUAGAGCACAACAAUGCCCACGUCAAGCGCGCCAUCAAGGCUUUGGUGUUGAAAGGAGCUCUCACCCAGACCAAGGGAACCGGGGCGUCCGGGUCCUUCAAGGCAGCCAAGCCCGCUGAGAAGCCCAAGAAGGUAGCGGCGAAGAAGCCCGCAGCCAAAGCCAAGAAGCCGGCAGCGAAGAAGCCCGCCGCCGCUAAGAAGCCAGCAGCCGCCAAGAAGACAGCCGUCGCAAAGAAGCCAAAAGCGGCCAAGGCAACACCCAAGAAGGCGAAGAAACCUGCGGCCAAGAAGGCUACAAAGAGCCCUAAGAAGGUGGCCAAGAAGGCGGCAACCCCCAAAAAGGCAGCACCCAAGAAGGUUGCACCCAAGAAGGCCGCCAAGAAGGUCGUCAAACCCAAAGCGGCAAAACCCGCAAAGAAGGCUGCAGCCAAGAAACCCGCAAAGAAGUAAAGUCUUCACAUUUGAACAUACUCAACCAACGGCUCUUUUAAGAGCCACCCAAAUCCACCAAAAAGAGCCCUUUUUCCUGAAUCUA